UGAUUAUUUGUUUUGAUUUUCAACUCCUUUUUCGUUUCUCUUUUUUCUUUUUUUUUCUUCUUCUCUCUUUCUUUUUAUUAUUAUAUAUACAUAUAUUUCUUUUUAAAAAAAAAUGGGAAACACUUGCUGCUGCUGCUGUACAGAGCGAAACAGUCAGACGGGUUUAUAUGAACCUUUAUUACAGGAGAAUGAAAGAGAAGCCAUUACCGAGCUAUUACAAUACCUUGAAAGUAAACAAAAAAGGUCUCUUUUUUUUUUUCUUUUUCUUUUUCUUUCUCUUUUUCUUUUUAUAUGUUUUUCUGUGUAUCUAGAUCGCAAUACGACAAAUUUCUUUCAAGGUCAACCUCUACGUGCACUUGCCACACUGGCAUUAUCCGAUAAUGUGGAUUUACAAAGAUCAGCGGCUUUAGCAUUUGCUGAAAUUACAGAAAAAGAUGUAAGACAAGUAGGACCAGACACUUUAAAGCCAAUUUUAUUCUUGUUACAAUCGCAUGAUGUAGAAGUACAACGUGCCUCAAGUGCUGCCUUGGGAAAUCUCGCUGUCAAUACUGAAAACAAAUUAUUGAUUGUACAGUUGGGCGGCUUGGAUCAAUUGGUAAGACAAAUGGCAAGUCCAAAUGUAGAAGUUCAAUGUAAUGCAGUAGGUUGUAUCACCAACCUAGCAACCCACGAUGAAAACAAGUCGCGUAUUGCCAACUCGGAAGCAUUGCGAUUACUGAUUGAUUUAGCCAAAUCCAAGGAUCAACGAGUGCAAAGAAAUGCCACUGGAGCCUUAUUAAAUAUGACGCACACCCAGGACAAUCGUCAACAAUUGGUCAAUGCGGGUGCAAUUCCGAUCUUGAUCAGUUUACUCAGUUCAGCGGACGCCGAUGUGCAAUACUACUGCACGACCGCGCUGAGUAAUAUUGCGGUAGAUGGUAGUAAUCGACGCAAAUUAGCCCAAUCGGACUCACGUCUUGUCCAAUAUCUGAUCCAACUCAUGGACACCAAAUCACUCAAGGUACAAUGUCAAGCAGCCUUAGCCUUACGUAAUUUAGCCUCCGAUGAGAAAUACCAAUUGGAGAUCGUCCAAUGCAAGGGACUUUCGCCACUCCUACGAUUACUCAAAUCCUCUUUUUUACCGCUCAUUUUAUCUUCCGUAGCCUGUAUCCGCAACAUCUCUAUUCACCCCUCUAACGAAUCACCCAUUAUUGAUGAAGGGUUUGUCAACCCCUUGAUCGAACUCCUUUCGUACGAGGACAAUGAGGAAAUUCAAUGUCAUGCCAUCUCCACCUUGCGUAAUUUAGCUGCUAGCUCCGAACGUAAUAAGCGUGCCAUUGUGGAGGCGGGAGCGGUAGAACGUAUCAAACAUUUAAUUGAACAGGUACCCGUCACCGUCAAGACCGAAAUGACAGCAGCCAUUGCUGUCUUGGCCCUGAGCGAUGAUUUAAAACCCCGUUUGUUGACGAUGGGUGUCCUGGAUGUCUUGAUCCCCAUGACAACCCACGACAAUGCCGAGGUUCAAGGAAAUGCCGCUGCAGCCAUUGGUAAUCUCAGCUCCAAAAUCAAGGAUUACACCUCCUUUCUCAAGUACUGGCAUCAUCCGGUAGGUGGUAUUGUGGGUUUUUUGACCCAUUUCACGGCAGAGAAAAGUGAUGUUGCCUUUCAACAUAUUGGUAUCUGGACUAUUGAACAAUUCUUGGAAGGCGGUAAUGUGGAAUUGGCGAUCAAGAUUCUUCAGUCCAAUGAGAUCAUGGCUUCCAUUUCACGUAUCGCAGAUGAAAAGAACGAGACGGAUUUUACAGACAACAGUGAUAUUCAUCUUUUAGCUAAAAGAGUUUUGACCAUCUUGCAGGAUUUCAAGACUUUACAUCCAACAGAAGAAUACAGUCGACGAUCAGCGGGUCAAAAGCAACGAUAAAUAUAUAUCUACAAAAGAAUAAACUAUUUUUUGUGUAACACGUUGUUUAAUGAUAAAUA